AAAAAGUAUUAGGUAUCUAGUAACUGCCUGGUCGAACUACAUAUUUGACUCACUACAACCCAGGCGAGCUCGCACUCCAGCUUGGCGGUCAGUGUGGUGCAGACGCUCCUUUCAAUUUGUUUUGUUUUUGGUUUGCGCGGACCCCCAUCAAUUAGCAGCCAUGGAUGCCAUCAAGAAGAAGAUGCAGAUGCUCAAGCUCGACAAGGAGAAUGCCAUGGACAGAGCCGAGCAGGCCGAGUCAGACAAGAAAGCAGCUGAGGACAGGAGCAAACAGCUUGAGGAUGACCUGGUAGCACUGCAGAAGAAGCUGAAAGCAACUGAGGAUGAGUUGGACAAGUACUCUGAAGCCCUGAAGGAUGCCCAGGAGAAACUGGAGCUCGCUGAGAAGAAAGCCACAGAUGCUGAGGGUGAUGUAGCUUCCCUGAACAGACGUAUCCAGCUGGUUGAGGAGGAGUUGGACCGUGCUCAGGAGCGUCUGUCCACAGCGCUGACCAAGCUGGAGGAGGCUGAGAAGGCUGCUGAUGAGAGCGAGCGAGGCAUGAAGGUUAUUGAGAACAGGGCGAUGAAGGACGAGGAGAAGAUGGAGCUGCAGGAGAUCCAGCUGAAGGAGGCCAAACACAUUGCAGAGGAGGCUGAUCGCAAAUACGAGGAGGUGGCCCGUAAGCUGGUGAUCAUUGAGAGUGACUUGGAGCGUACAGAGGAGCGUGCUGAGCUGUCUGAGAGCAAGUGCUCUGAGCUUGAGGAAGAGCUGAAAACCGUGCAGAACAACCUGAAGUCUCUGGAGGCCCAGGCAGAGAAGUACUCGCAGAAGGAGGACAAGUACGAGGAGGAGAUCAAGGUUCUUACAGACAAGUUGAAGGAGGCUGAGACUCGUGCUGAGUUCGCUGAAAGAUCAGUCGCCAAACUUGAGAAGACCAUUGAUGACCUAGAGGAUGAGCUGUAUGCCCAGAAACUGAAGUACAAGGCCAUCAGCGAGGAGCUGGACCACGCCCUCAAUGACAUGACUUCCAUACCAUCUAUUCAAGCAGCUUGAGAAAAACCGCCUUCUGACCAAUGAACUGAGAGUAGCCUUAAACGAGGCUUAAACUGGAAUGGGCUCUCGUAUGCUUUCAUUCUUCUGAAUCUCAAACGUCCAGGCAUAUUGUCUAAUGCUGGGGUAUAAAAAGGGUAUAAACAACUGUGUCUAUGACGCAAAGCUUAAACCAAGUAAUGCUUUUAACAAAUGAGAAUACGAUGUAACAUUUUCACAUUAUGCAUGCUCAAACUGCAGUUUCGGAUGGGAGGUGGGACAACCUCAGGUUAUGAAAACUUUGCAGAAUGAUUUGAUAUAUUUACUCAGUUAUCGACGGGGCUGUAGCACUUCAGUCCAGCAGAAAUCUGCGUGGUGCUGUUACUCAUGGAGUGAAGGCCGGAGAGGAUGCUAGUGGCCGACCUCCGAGGAAGUCUCAUAAAAUGCUGUAAGGGGUCCAGAAUUCCUUGUACAUCCCAGAAUCCCCCCUCUCUUAUAACGGCUAACCUGAAAGGAGGACACAUUUUUACCAAAAAAUAUAAGAAUAGAAAAUUACAAGAUGGUGUGUUCAGCUGUGCUGGGAACUAAACGGCCCAUUAUUUUGAUUUCAAUGCAGCUUUGACUUGCUCUUUUGAUUUCAUUAACAAUAAAUUCAAUUUCCUUGACCCGCUGUC